GUACAAGAAAAUUCCCCGGGACAUAGAGCUGGACUGGAGCCUUUCUUUGAUUUUAUCGUUUCUAUUAAUGGUUCGAGAUUAAAUAAAGACAAUGAUACUCUUAAGGACCUACUGAAGGCAAAUGUUGAAAAGCCUGUAAAAAUGCUGAUCUAUAGCAGUAAAACACUGGAGCUGCGAGAGACUUCAGUCACACCAAGUAACAUGUGGGGCGGCCAGGGUUUGUUGGGAGUGAGCAUUCGCUUCUGCAGCUUUGAUGGGGCAAACGAAAAUGUCUGGCACGUGUUGGAAGUAGAAUCCAAUUCUCCUGCAGCACUAGCAGGUCUUAGACCUCACAGUGAUUAUAUUAUUGGAGCAGAUACAGUCAUGAAUGAGUCUGAAGAUCUGUUCAGCCUUAUUGAAACACAUGAAGCAAAACCACUGAAGCUUUACGUGUAUAACACCGACACUGAUAACUGUCGAGAAGUGAUUAUUACCCCAAAUUCUGCGUGGGGUGGAGAAGGAAGCUUAGGAUGCGGCAUUGGAUAUGGUUAUUUGCAUCGAAUACCUACUCGCCCAUUUGAAGAAGGGAAGAAGAUUUCUCUUCCAGGACAGAUGACCGGUACACCUAUUACGCCUCUUAAAGAUGGGUUUACAGAGGUCCAGCUGUCCUCAGUUAAUCCCCCGUCUUUGUCAUCACCAGGAACUACAGGAAUUGAACAGAGUCUGUCUGGACUUUCUAUUAGCUCUACUCCACCAGCUGUCAGUAAUGUUCUCAGUACAGGUGUACCAACAGUACCGUUAUUGCCACCACAAGUAAACCAGUCCCUUACUUCUGUGCCACCAAUGAACCCAGCUACUACAUUACCAGGUCUGAUGCCUUUACCAGCAGGACUCCCCAACCUCCCCAACCUCCCCAGCCUCCCCAACCUCAACCUGCCCACACCACACAUCAUGCCAGGCGGUGGCUUGCCAGAACUUGGAAACCCGGGUCUGCCACCUCUUCCUUCCUUGCCUCCCCGAAACUUGCCUGGCAUCGCACCUCUCCCCAUGCCAUCCGACUUCCUCCCAUCCUUCCCUUUGGUUCCAGAGGGCUCUGCCGCAGCGGGAUCAGGGGAGUUGCUGCCCUCCCUCCCACCCACCGGCAGCCUGCCUUCCGGCCCCAUCACGACUACUGCAAAGGCAGACGCAGCCUCCCCCCGCACCGUGGAUGUGACGCUCCCUGCUCCCACAGCCCCUGCCACUGUGGAGGACAGAGUUGGCGACGCCGCCCCAGCCAGUGAGAAGCCUGUUUCUGCAGGCAUGGAUGCCAUUGCUUCAGAGUCACCAUCCCUCUGAACCGUUCUUUGGGAUUGGCUUGGCGUGUCUGGAAAUGCAAAGGAUCAUUAAUUUCAUACUAGUUUAUACUGUAUCUGUAGGCAUCCUGUAAAUACUUCUAAGAGGAAAUCUAAGCAAGAGGACCUGGCCUUGGAUCCCGAGUCGGGGUGGGGCUCACAGGCCAGGGAGGGGAAUGUCGGAAAGUGCUUGUAUUUUAAACAACCAAAAAGAUUGUAAAGGUGGCUUGCUGCGGGGCUUCCACUGCCAUCUCGGGUGUACGUCUUUGGGGAAGGUGGUGGCAGGGCAUCCGCAGGGUUCCCUGUCCCCUGCUGCUCCUCUGUAGAGAGGACGUGAAAUAUUCUAUGCCUAGUUCUCACCGCAACAUUUCUGAUAUUUGUAAGUGGCUUGCAGAGUGCAGACCACCUCACUAAGCCUACAGGAGAGGUAUUUUACCUUUGGUCCCCCUGAGUCAUGUCUCUAUUACGGUUUACACAAAAGUUCCAGCUGAAGAUGUUUGUUAAAGUCCCACAGCGUGCACUAUUAACUGAACAUCUUUUUAUUCAGCCUCUAUACAGAUCCUUGUUUUGAGCUCUCAGAAGUCCUCAGACCACAUUUUGUAACUGCUACCGUUGCUUUAUACGCCCACCAUAAAAUGGCAUUUAAAAACAAAUAAAGAGAUGUUGCACAGUUUUAAACCAGAAGGUGGCACUUUGUGGCUACUUGCAGUCUUACAGCUAAAGCUGGGAGAGCAUAGAUACAACAAUAAAGGACAGUCACCGUU